GACCCCGCCAAGCACAGGGAGCGCACGCGUGGGUCUGGCGUUCGAGGGCCUCCAGGGAGCGUCUGCCCGGGACCCCCUUUCUGCAGAACCAUCGACCGCGCACCGGGCAGUCCACGGGGGACAUGGCAUCUUGGUUCUGGAGAAAACUGCGUGGCAAGAGACGGCUGGUGAUGGCAUGGUGCCUCUUGAUGACUCUAUCAGCAGUGGCUGUCACCCGCAUUCCCCCACAGCCACCAGUCCCUGAUCCUGUGGAGCCCCACUCUUGGAAGGCUCUGAACUUGAGCCGGAGGCAGUGGAUAAGACACAUGGGGCUCCGGCGAAGAUGGAGUUCCAGUGUGGUCCAUGCAGAGCAACAAGGCACCAGGAGUGCAGUGGAUAGAAACAGGUCAUUGCUGCACAAGGACAGCAGGCAUCCAGGAAGGACCCAGAGGGAUAUGCCUUUGGCCUCUGUGGGAGGUCUGAGUCAUAGCAACCAGCCUCUUGUGCUUCCAAGGGAGGAUAAAGUCAGGGUCCCAGAAGUGAAGGAGCUGGGUGACCCCUGGCAGAGGCAUCCUGUCCAGGAAGCCCAGAGAGAGACGGAUGUCCUGAACGACUCCCUCCUAGAACACCACAGGAUUGCCUUACAGGUUCAGACACCUCCUGCUGAACCAACCUUCUGGCUCCCACCUGAGAAAGGCAUGGAUGUGUCAGGGGUGGAAGCCAGUGCCUGGGCUGGUGGGCGACUGGCACAGCCUCUCAACAUCACUGCCAGGGCUUAUCAGUGGCCUGGCUCAGUAGGGGAGCUGCGUAGAUCCAUCUGGUGCACUGCUGAGCCCCUGGGGUGGAAUCCUAGCUCCAGGACCCUUGCUCAGGUUCCUCCCUGGUUCACAGACCAUGAUAUGCAGAGCAUGCAGCUUCUGGCCCAUGGGGAGGUGGUAGGCAAAGCCAGGGUCCCGGGCCAUGGGCAGGUACUGCAGGUGGGCUUUGAUGCCAAAAGGGCGCUGAAGGACUUGUCUCCUGGACUUGGCAAGCUCUGCUCCUGGGGCCACUGUGGUCUGAUCAAGAGGCCUAGAGACCUAACUGAGAUCCUGUCUUUCCACGUGGAUCGGGUGCUCGGGCUACGUCGGAGCCUCCCUGCUGUGGCCCGGCGCUUCCUCAGCCCCCUGCUUCCCUAUCGCUACACAGACGGGGACAUCAGGCCUGUCAUCUGGUGGGCACCUGAUGUGCAGCACCUGAGUGACCCAGACAAUGACCAGAACUCUGUGUCCUUGGGCUGGCUGCAGUACCAGGCCAUGCUGGCACGUGGCUGCAGCUGGCCAGGCUGGGGCCCGUGCCCAGGCAUCCAGCAUGCUGAGUGGGCAUGCCUGGCACUCUUUGAUUUCUUGCUGCAGGUUCAUGACCGUCUAGAUCGCUACUGCUGUGGCUUUGAACCUGAGCCUGGGGACCCCUGUGUGGAGGAGAGGCUACAUGAGAAGUGCCGAAACCCAGGCGAGCUGCAGCUGGUCCACAUCCUGGUGCGGAGCAGUGACCCUUCUCAUCUGGUCUACAUUGAUAAUGCUGGCAACCUUGAGCACCCUGAGGACAAGCUAAAUUUCCGGCUUCUGAAAGGCAUAAAUAGGUUUCCUGAGUCAGCUGUGAAGGUUCUGAAGUCAGGGUGUCUACAAAACCUGCUGCUCCACUCGCUGCAGAUAGACCCAGUGUUCUGGGAGAGUCAAGGUGGGGUCGCAGGCCUGAAGCGGGUUCUCCAGACACUGGAGCGACGGGGACGCAUCCUGCUGGGACACAUCCAGAAACACAACCUCACACUCUUCAAGGAAUGAGGAUGUCCUUAUGCCCACUAAGGCAGGGCCCUCCAUUUCUGGGCAGGGCCCUUCAUGGCAGACAUCGUCGGAUGAAUCCU